AUGGACAUUGACGUUGCUGAAGAAAUUCGGGAGCUAAUUCCCAAGGCCGAAGAAGUACUUGUCGAAUACAUCGCCGGCUACAUCGAGGACGCUGAUGAAGACGAGGAUAUUAUUGCUGUUACCCGGUCGUUCCUUGAAUCGCCUGCGGAAGGCGGGCAUGAAGCCGGCCUCGAAAAGCUUCUCUCUAAGAUCGAGCGAUACCUUGAAGAGAAACGGAUUGCGGACGGGAAAGCGCGUCAGCCAAAACUUACCCGGCUCGACAAGGUGGUCGAUAUGAGCCAGGCUCCGGCCAUGUCUAGCACUAUCGCCAUGUCGGAAGGGGUUGAUCUGUCUUCAAUUAAUAAGGGAAAAGCAUCGAGGGUAGAUUUGAAGAAACUGGAGAAAGCUGAAGCUAAAUUAAAGGCCAAAAUUGAGAAGCGUUCGAGACGCGACCUUUAUGAAGGAUCGAAGCUCAUCGAUAUGCAGAAGAAACAACAAUCUUACGAAGAAAUGUUUCUCAAGGUCAACUCCCUGGAAGCACGCGCUGCAGGAAAGGGGAAGAGCAAAGACAUUCAUCUGCCGGCUAUCGACGUCACGUUUGGAUCCAACCGUAUUCUGCAAGGUGCAAGUCUUACACUCGCAUAUGGUCGUCGUUAUGGAUUGAUCGGAAGGAACGGUGUUGGUAAAUCGACUUUACUCCGACAUAUUGCCAUGCGAGAGGUCCCAGUCCCGCCACACAUUACUAUACUCUUCGUUGAACAAGAAAUCGUUGGUGAUGAUACCACAGCAUUGGAGUCGGUUCUCAAAGCAGAUGUUUGGCGAGACCGAUUGCUCAAAGAAGAAAGGUCCCUUAACGAGCGUCUCCUGAAGCUUGAGGAAGCGGGCGGCGAUGACCGUGUCGCUGACGAAGCUAAAGAGGAACUUUCUACCCAGCUGGCUGAUGUACACACUCGCCUAGCUGAAAUGGAAGCUGAGAGCGGCCCCGCCCGGGCUGCUUCGUUGCUAGCUGGCCUAGGGUUUUCGGAAUCUGACCAACAUAGAGCGACAAAGACGUUUAGUGGUGGUUGGAGAAUGCGUUUGGCUCUUGCUCGAGCUCUGUUUGUGAAACCUGACUUGCUAAUGCUUGACGAGCCUUCCAACCAUAUUGAUCUGAACGCACUUGCUUGGCUAGAAGAUUACUUGCAAACCUGGCCAAGUACCUUGCUUGUGGUCUCCCACGACCGUGCCUUUUUGGAUGCAGUCGCAACGGACAUCGUUCACCAGCACUCGUCCCGACUUGAUUAUUACAAGGGCAAUUUUACACAGUUCUAUGCAACAAAAACGGAACGGGAUCGCAACGCGCGGAAGGAAUAUGAAACCCAAAUGGCAUAUCGGGCACACCUGCAGGCAUUUAUUGACCGGUGGCGCUAUAACGCUAAUCGUGCGGCUCAGGCCCAAAGCAAAAUCAAAAUUCUGGAGAAACUGCCGGAACUUGAGCCCCCCGAAGAAGAAGAAACAGAGAAAUUCAAAUUCCCUGAAACAGAGAAAAUAUCCCCGCCGCUUUUGCAACUCUCAGAGGUCUCAUUCGGAUAUAGUCCCGACAACAUCAUUCUUCGCGACGUCAACAUUGACAUCGGUUUAGAAUCUCGCAUUGCUGUGGUCGGACCCAAUGGAGCCGGUAAAAGUACCAUGAUUAAGCUACUUAUUGGAGAACUUAACCCUAUGGGUGGCCAAGUCAAUCGUAAUGGGCGAUUAAGAGUGGCGUAUUUUGGCCAACACCACCUGGAAACACUGAAUCCGGCUAUGUCUCCGGUUGCGUUCUUGGCUAGCAAAUUCCCGGGAAAGAGCGAACAAGAGUACCGCCAGCACCUAGGAGCAUUUGGCAUCACCGGCCUUACAGGUUUGCAAACGAUUGGCACAUUGUCUGGAGGUCAGAAGAGCCGCGUCGCAUUCUCUAUUCUUUCAAUGCAAAAACCACACUUGUUGCUUCUAGACGAGCCGACUAACCAUCUCGAUAUCGAGGGUUUGGAUGCACUGAUGAAUGCUCUUCAAUCCUGGAACGGAGGUGUCAUUCUAAUUUCUCAUGACGAACGUUUCAUUACCACGGUUUCAAAUGAGCUUUGGGUCUGUGGGGAUGGAAAGAUUGUGAAAUAUAAGGGUGACGUGCAAGCAUAUAAGAGUUUGAUUGUCAGCAACUUGAAGCAGAAGCCAUAA